AAUAGAAAUACUUUAAGUAAUUUAAGCUAGAUUAAAUAAGUUAACAGCUACUAAUUAAUAUAGUGUAAAAAAUCUACUUUUUAUUAAACACUCUACUAAUCACAAAAUAUUAAAGUAGAAAUGACUUCUUAUCAGUUGAAUAGCAAUUGUAAGGAAUUCUAAAUGAUCGAGUUUGACAAUGGAUAUUAUCAAGGUGAAAUGUAAAACAUGAAAAGAGAGGGAUUUGGCGUAUUCUACUGGGACUCAGGAUAAAUUUAUUUAGGUAAAUGGAGCAAAGAUUUUAUGGAGGAUGAAGGUGUAGUUUAUUUUAGUGAAGGUGGAUGUGCCUAUGGAAAUUUUAGAAGAAAUAAAUUAAAUGGAUAUGCUUGCGUUCUAGAUCCUUUUGAAAAUAUGAUAGUAGGUCAGUUUUCAAAGGGAAUAUUAGAUAAUGGAGUGUGGUACGAAAAAUUAACAAAUAAAUGGUUUCGAUAUGACACUUAAAAUUCAGAGCCAAAUAAAAACUAUGAGUUAACUACUAAAUCAUAAAUUCCUCAGGUAGUUACUCUCAAAGAAGUUAUUAAAAGGAUAUUUCAUGGGUGCCAAGGGAGGAGCUGUAUUAGAUAUAUAGAGUAUCCAGACACUACCUUUUAUUUAGGAGUAGCUGGUGAGAGUGGAAAAUAGCCAUCUGGUUUGGGUGUUCUCCAUGACUAUGAUAAUAAGGUCCUAUAAGUAGGGCAUCACAAAGGUAAAAAACUAAAUGGAGUAGGUAGACAAUACCUUGGGUUUAUGAUAAAUGAUGGGAUCUUUGAAAAGCAAGAGUUUAAAUAUGGAACAUAAUAUUUCAUUAGAGACAAGAAAUUUUUCUAUGGAUUUUUUAACGGUAAUUAAAUCAAAAAAAUUAUAAAAAGUGGGAUUGGUUAUCCAGGCUAUCUUUUAGCAUAUUAUAAACACCCGAGCAAAUAUGCUAAUGCUAAGAUUGACAAAGAAUAGGAAUAGGAGGUAAUGCAUAAUUAUUAGAGUUAGUAUGUUCAUAAUAGCAAUAUUGUAGGCUACUCUGAGAUAUACAAGUGCUCACCUAAGAAAAAGAAUUUACUUAUGUUUGUUGAGAAUAAAUUUUGUGAAGAUUUUAUUAGUCCUCACACAAGCAUUUAUCAAGAGGUUCUUGAAGCUGCUUAGUAUUAAAGAGCUUAAAAGCAAAAUAGCUCACUUUCUCCUAUGUAAAGAAAGAAAUUGCAAUUAUAUGAAGAUGAUGAAAGUAACUUUUAAAGUAAACAGUUUUCUUCUAAAAUAAGUCCUUCUUCUUCUCAAUCUUCCUAUAUUCCUUCUAAUUUAAGGAUAAAUAAUUUGAAAAACAAACAAACUCCAAAGUCAAAAGACUUUUUCAAUACUUCUACUGAUAAGAAAAAGAACAAACAAGUUGAUAUUUAAUAGAAUGAAUUUUAAUCCACUCAAAAAAAGAUAAAGAACUCUUCUCAAAACAGCUAAAUGAAAGAGUCUAACAUGAGUAAUCAAGAUAAUUAGCAUCAUAUAUUUAUUUAAGACAGUAUUUAAUUAGAUUAUGUAAACACUUAGCCUUAAGAAUAACAAUUUAACAGAUAAAUGGAAAAAUAAAGCAUGGAUAAUUCAAAUUCUAAUUAGAAUUUAGCUAAGAUAUCUUUAUUAAAGAAUGAAAGGCUACAACAAAAGUUAUUAAAAGGAAGCAAUGAAUUCAAUAAUAUCAACGUGUAAUGUCAAAAUCCUUUUGAUAAUCAGUAAAUAGAAUAAAAUAUAGACUAAUCUUUUUCUUAGAAUUCUGGCAAUCAGUCUAACUAAAAUGAAAUAAUUUCUUCUAGUUAAAAUAAAUAAGAAAACAAAAUAUACAGUUUAUAUUCUUCUACAAAUCAAAGCUCAAAUCUUGCAGAUAAUUAAAAUAUGCAGUUUUUUUAGCCAACUGUUUCUAUUUCAGACGAAUUGUUAAUUAAAUAGUAAAUUUUAUAGCAAGAAAGAGAAAAAAAAUCUUUUUAAAGUUCUUAGUUUUAAUUAGAUGAGCAGAAUGAUUGCAUUGAUGGAGAGACUAAUCUUAAUGAAGAAAACAUGUAAAUGUAGAUUUAAUAAAUGCUUUAGACAUUUAAUGCUAAAAAUUAAACAGGAAAAUAAUUUUCUGUAGAUUCAAAUCGUUUACAUUUUAGCCAUGAGAAUCGUCUACCAUUAGAUGGAAAAAUAAAAGAAUCUUUUUAAAUAUAAAAUAACAAUUCUCAUGCAUAGUAAAAUCAAUUUAAGGAGUAUUCUUUAGGAAGUUAACAAAUGAAUGAAAUGCUAGGAAGUUAGUAUUAAAACUCUCUUCAUGAAAGUAAAAAUAUUAAUGUAGAUAAUGAGUUAUUUUUAUGCAACAACUAACAGAACAAUUAAUAAUUGCUUGAAUAAAUUAAAUAAUUCGCUUUUCCUAAUGCACAAUAAUAAUACGAAGAGUAAUUUUAUGAUGAAAUCCCUAAUACUUUGGCUCCUGACAACAAAGUUGAAACUAGUUCUAGAAGAAAUUCAAGCGAAAUUAAUUUAGAUGAGAGCGACAAUACAAACGAUAAAAGAAAGCAUGAAACUCCAAGAUUCGAUUUAAAAUAAGCUAACAAGAGAUUGCUAAACGAACUUGAUAGCACUUAUCAAAAUGCUGCCAAAGAAGUUAGCAGUCUAUUUAAAGAUAUAAAAAACUAAAUUAAUAACCAAGAUGAGAUUUUAAGUGAAUAAUGCAACUAAGAAAGUAAUAAAAACUUAACCUUAAAUCAAGAUAUUUAAAAAAAAUUGUAAAACUAAUUAAAUCUGAAAUAACAAAAUCAUUUAGAUAUAAGAAACUCUUUCUAAGAAAAUAGCGUAUUUGAAAGUGUUUAGAAUGGCAUUCUUAAUUAUCCUAAUCAAAUAGAAAUUUAAGAAUCUCAGUUGGUUGAUACUUUUCAAAAUUGUUAAGGCUAAUAAAUAAAUGAUAUUAAAUAGAUGUAAAAUUAGAAUAGUUCUUAAGAUAACAGUUCUUAUUUAGCAAACAUUUUAAGAAAAUAGUAAAUUGAUUACAAGAUAAAUUAGCCUAGCUUUUAAUUAAAUGAGGAGAGUCCUGAAAAUAUUUAGGAAGAUUUAAUAGAAUAAAUAAAAAGAAUGAGAAAAAACACAAAUGAAAGCAGAGACAAUUAAAAUAUCAAUUAAAAAAAUGUAUAGACAGAGUAAUAAAGUGUUUAAUAACAAAAAGUAUAGACAAAUGGAGGUAAUUCUCUUAGUGACUAUUUGGUUUAGAAUAACUAAAAUUUUCUAGAGGAAAGCUUAGGGAAAAAUAGCUUUGAUGGCAGAAAUAGAUUAGAAUCAAUUUAAUUACCAGUUACUCCUCCUAAUUUGUCUUAUAAUUAUUAAGAUAAAAGAACAGAAAAUUAACUAAAUAUGGAUAAGAUUAAAAAUCAAAAUAAUAAAGAAGAGGCAACGAAGUUAGAAUAUAAUAAAAACGAAGAUUCUAUUAGGUUCAGUGAGACAUAAAAUCAGCAAAUAAUACAAAAGCUUACUAAUUUAAAUUAGGUUAAAAGGAGAAAAGAUACUAGCGAUUCAUUUGAGUGCAAUAUAAAUUAAAGCCAAAACGAUUUUAAUUUUAACGACUCCUAAGCUUAAUUUUAAGUGUAAAGUGUAAAAAAUGAAGAAAAUUACAAAAGUUUGAUGCAAAUUAUACCUGAAAAUAAAGAAACAGAAUCUACUAAGAAUUCUGACAUUUAAUAGCAAAAUUUAAAAGACAAAAUUUUAGAUUAAACACGCUAUAAAAGUGUAUCAGUUGUUUCUUAUGACCACUUUUCAAAGAAUAACAAUAAAAUUAAUCUGCAUUUACCAAAUUAAAAUGCUUUCUUUGACGUCUAAAAUAAUGAUUUAUUAAAACAAAAUGAAGAUCUUAAUUGCACAAUCGAAGAUGAAGAUGAAGAAAAAAAAGUUAAAUUUCACUUUAUCAAUUAAUCACCCUCAAGACCAUUUUUGACUCAGACUUCUGCUUAUAAGAAAAGAAGAAGAAUAUUUGAAAAUCCUUUAAAUAGCUCGUUUUCUACAGUAAGUCCAUCGAUGAGCAAACAUACUUAUUCUCCCAAUUAGAAUUAGAGCAUGAACUUGAAUGUUUUCAUUCCAUCAAAUAAUGAGUAAAGAAUCAGUGAAUUUAAUUUCAAGAAAGUUGCAUAAAGUUAAAUUUAAAACAAGUUAGAGUACAGUGCAAAUGAAUUAAGAGAUAUCAAGCAAUUCAAUCUAGAAAAAAAUAGAUUAGAUACAAAUAGCAGCUUUGAUAAGCUAAAUAUAAGUGAAAAUCAUUUAAUUUUUACAAAUCCUUAGAUAAACCAGAUUCAGGAGUAUUCAACAUAAAACACUAAUAAUCAUUUUAAUAGUAACACCACUCAUUUAAGAAACAAAUCCAAUUGUAGCUCUCAUUAAUUCAUGUCUAACUAGUACAAUAACACAAACCCUCACUUAAUAAAUCAAAAUCAGUCCUAAUAAAAAUUAAGAAAUAUCCCUCAUCAUAAUUAAAAUCACCAUUAACGUAUACAUUCAUAGUAAGAUUUUAAAUCUUAUUAUAAUUCUAAUUAAACACUGUAGGAUUUCAAUAACCUGUCUACAGGAAACAACAACUUUGAAUCUUUAAAUAAUAUUUAAAAUCCUCACCAAUUCAACAGUUGCAAUCCAUAAUCAAGUGCAUUUAAUAAAUAGUAAAUAUCGUCUUUUGUAAAACCUGAAAAAUAAAACUUAGAAAUGAAAUAGCCUAGCCAAUCUUUAAUAAAAACUCCUAAAGAUUAACAAGAAUUUUUAAAAUAUAAUUUGAAUUAACUAGGAAACUAAGUACCAAUAAGAUAAGAAUCAAAGACUCUUCGAUAAAUAAUUGAUACAAGCAUAGACAAAAGUCAGAGUCCAAAAUACUAAGGAUUUUUCAGCUAAAAUGGACUUUAACAAAAGAAAGCAAGCUUUUUUACUAAUUCUGGAUGUGAGCCAAUUAUGUCAUUUAAAGUUUAAUAAAAAGAAUUCAAGGAUUAAUAUAACAGCAGUAAAAUUGAGCUGAGUAGACAUCUUUAACAAUCACUAAAUGAAUUAAGUGAACAAAAUCUUAGUUUUACUUAUGCUUCUCAUUAAAUAAAUAAUUAAAACAACAGUUAAAAUGAUUUGGUAUUUUAUGAUGAAGAAAACAACAAGAUAAAUAUUAAAAAAUAUGGUUAGAAAGAGAGUACUUAAUUUUAGCAUGUGCAAGCAAACUCUUCUAUCCAAUCAAAAGAAAAUAACUCUUUUCACUCAGCCUUUACUCAUAAGCAAAGAUAAAAUAAAUUUAAUCUAAAUCUAAAUUUAAGCUCUAUUAACGAUGAAUCAAACUUGCAAAAAUAAUCUAAAAUUCAAUCACUUAGCCAAACCUCUAAAAACACAAUCUCUCUAAGCGAAAUUUUAAAAUAAAACUAAAAACAAAACUCAAACACAUUUGAAUAAUUUAAAAGCUUGACCCCUUCUAAUGUACAAAACAAGCAACCAUAAAUUUAAUUCAAAGCUCAAAACCAUAUCAAAAGCCAAAACAAUUUCAAAAAAAUUUGA